AUGUUGACCAUCUUAUGGCUGCUGCUCAAUCUUGCCCUAGCAGCCAAGGGCUACUAUGGGAUCAGCUGUGCGGAAGGCCAGCAGUGCCAGAAAGCUCUCCUGUCGGACAAUGAUGUCGUCUUGUCAUGCAAUUUCUCGGAGCCACAGUGGUCCUACUUAUCCCUGCAGAAUGGGUCCAGAUGGUCCAGUAACUUCACCAAUGUAUCCAACUUGCAAGUCCUGAGCGGCAGCCAACUUCUCAUCAAAAAUCCAUCCACUUCCCAGACUGGCUUUUACCGUUGUCAGGACCGUCAGAGUAACAGCACCCUCAAAUAUGAGAUUGACUUCCAGGAUGUCAGCACCAUCAACAUAAUCCACAGAUCCCUGAACCAGAGACCCCUACAGAACCAGACCCUGCAGCCAGGGAACAAGAUCUUGAUUUUCACUCAGUGGGAGCCCUGGCAAGAUUGUAGUCACUGUGGAAAGCCAGGGGAGCGCAAGCGCCUAGGCUUCUGCUACAUCCAGGAGUUUCCGGCUGACCCUGUGCCCUGCUGGCUGUACUUGGGGAAAACCAAGGUGCAGUCGAGCCGUAUUCGUCCCGAAUUGCAGAUAGAAAGGUGCAACGUCACCUGCAAAGGAGCCGGGAUAGUGAACGCCAUCUAUGACAACUAUAAGAUAGACGAGAUGACCGACUCAGCAUGGAUUUCUUGCCCGCUAGGGUCUAUCUACAGGCCACUCAUCUGGGAAGUCAACAACCGUCCGCUGACGUGGCAGGACCAGCUCUCGGGCAAGGACAUCAGCAGCAUCAUGGACAUGGGGAGUGGCGGCCAGCGCCUGCAGGUCUUCCAGCCUGCCGUGUACAGGUGCUUUGUGCAGCAGGAGCUCAUGGCCCAGUACAACCCGCAGCCUGAAACCGAGCAGCAGCGUGUGGCCAAGCCACAGGCUGGGCAGGAGCAGGAGGAAGCGGAGCCCCAGAAGAUGAAGGCCAGCUCGGUGCUCAGGGGGCUGCAGCUGAUGCUGCUGGGAGGCACCGUCCUCGGCCUGCUGGGGGUGAUUUUCACCCUGUCCCGCCCUUCUCGGAACAAGAAAGCAGACCGGGUGUUGUUGGUGAAAUAA